CGCGGCGCGCGGGAGGGGGCAGGGCUACGGGGGCGCGCCGGGCGGAAGGGGCAGGGGAGGGCGGUCCCGGCGCGCACAAUGGCCCGAGCGGGCGGCGGAGCAGGAGCCCCACCCAGUGCGGAGCGCGCCCCGGGCCGCGCGGGAGGCUGGGCGCCCCGUCCGUCGAGCGCGCCGGCGCCGGGCCAUGUACUCGGGGAACCGUAGCGGCGGCCAGGGCCACUGGGAGUGCGGCGGGGCCGCGGGCGCCGAGGGGCCGGGAGCGGCGGGGACGCUGAGCCCCGCGCCUCUCUUCAGCCCGGGCACCUACGAGCGCCUGGCGCCGCUGCUCGGCUGCAUCGGGCUGCUGGGCGCCGGCAACAACCUGCUGGUGCUCGUCCUCUACUCCAAGUUCCCGCGGCUCCGCACUCCCACCCACCUCCUGCUGGCCAACGUCAGCCUCAGCGACCUGCUGGCGUCCCUCUUCGGGGUCACCUUUACCUUCGUGUCCUGCCUGCGGAACGGCUGGGUCUGGGACACCGUGGGCUGCGUGUGGGACGGGUUUAGCAGCAGCCUCUUCGGCAUCGUUUCCAUCACCACCCUGACUGUGCUGGCCUAUGAACGUUACAUUCGCGUGGUCCAUGCCAGAGUGAUCAAUUUUUCCUGGGCCUGGAGGGCCAUCACCUACAUCUGGCUGUACUCACUGGCGUGGUCGGGAGCACCUCUGCUGGGUUGGAACAGGUACAUCCUGGACGUGCAUGGACUGGGCUGCUCUGUGGACUGGAAAUCCAAGGACGCCAACGACUCUUCCUUUGUGCUUUUCUUAUUUCUUGGCUGCCUGGUGGUGCCCCUGGGAGUCAUAGCCCAUUGCUAUGGCCAUAUUCUGUAUUCCGUUCGAAUGCUUCGUUGUGUUGAAGAUCUUCAGACAAUUCAAGUGAUUAAGAUUUUAAGAUAUGAAAAGAAAGUGGCCAAAAUGUGCUUUUUAAUGAUAUUUAUCUUCCUUAUCUUUUGGAUGCCUUAUAUCGUGAUCUGUUUCAUGGUGGUGAAUGGUUAUGGACACUUGGUCACUCCAACAGUAUCUCUUGUCUCCUAUCUCUUUGCUAAGUCAAGCACUGUAUAUAAUCCGAUUAUUUAUAUCAUCAUGAUCAGAAAGUUCCGAAGAUCCCUUUUUCAACUGCUCUGUUUCCGACUUCUGAGAUGCCAGAGGCCUGCUAAGGACCUACCAGCCAAUGGGAGUGAAAUGCAGAUCAGACCCAUUGUGAUGUCACAGAAAGACGGGGACAGGCCAAAGAAAAAAGUGACUUUUAAUUCUUCUUCCAUCAUUUUUAUCAUCACCAGUGACGAAUCACUGGAAGUUGAUGAGAGUGACAAGACCAGUGUGUCAAAGGUUGAUGUAAUCCAAGUUCGUCCUUUAUAGGAAGGAAUAAUGAUAAUGAAAGAUGAGGCCUUAUACUGGAAACCACAUCUUGACUUCCAUUAUGAGGACUAUUUCGGAAUCCCCACUCUACGUAAUAUUUUGGGGGAGGAAAAACUUUCUUCUGCCCUCAAAUUUUCUUCUACCUGGUGAAGGAAAUAAAUUGACAUGAAACAGAUGAACAGGAGAAAAACCCAAAAGUUUAAUUCUGUGUGCAUGGAGGCCCAAUAAUAAAAUUGAGACCCAAAGAAAUGAGCAGGGCAUGUAGCUUUUUCACAUUUUAGACAAAGAGACAUAAAUCUGUAAGGAAUUGACAGGACAGGAAAACUCACGUUUGGGAGCUUCAGUCUGUAAAGAAUUCUAAACAGGAUCUGGGCUUGGUAGUAAUUUAGUAAAAGUAACAGGGUUUGUUCAUACAGGUUUUUUCAGCCCUCAGUUCUCUGUCUCUGAUGAUAUAGAUGUCUGUCUACCCACUGGUUUAGGGAGGUUCCUUUCACACAAGAGAUUUCCUGCUUUCAGGAGGACAAAGGAAGGUCAGACUGUGCUUUUUGCAUCUGGUGUUUAUUAAGUAAGUUAAAUUCAAAAUUGUGGCAUAUUUUGGGGCAUCCUGCCUUAGACUCCCACAACAUCAACAGAACUUCGGUGAGUCAGCAGGAAAUCUGAAUUGCCCGUAUGCUUUUUAGCCUCUGGAAGCAACUGAGCAAGACAGUUGCUUUACUUCAAUGGGUGCUUUCCGUAACGAAAAACCCCUUCAUGGCACAAGAUGGGCACCUGGCACCAUUAACUUCUAACAUGUUGGAAAUUUUCAUUUCAAAUAUAUUUUUUUAAAUGACAUUAUUUUCCAAGGCACACAAUACAUUUUUUCUCAAAAAUACUUAGCUGUAUUCACAGCUCAGAAAUAAUGGUAAAAAAACAACUUUGUAUCAUAUAUGUCGGAAACUGCAGCUUUUCGGUGGUGUUGGAUCCUCAUCACUGUCUUGUCUUAUGUAUGAACGAUCAGAUUUAUCAGAGAGCCUAUUCCAGGGUGAAAAAGAAAAUCAGCACCCUGGCUUCCUCUGAAACGAAAGACUUACUGUAUGUGCCGUAUGAUAAAGACGAGCUUCAAGAUGACUGUCCUGCGAAGCGCGCUCCAGGAGGAAUACUGAAAAGCAACCCAGUCAAGGAAAGGUCGUGAAUUUCAAAAUAAUCGUGGAGGCUGGGGACUCACAUGAGCAGAGGAUGUCCAUGGGAACGAUGUGUCGAUGGCAGAUCUGUUUCAUUUCAAACAUGACUUGGCAACCUUAUCCUCUCAACAAUUUGCCACAAUUUUGCCAAGUGUUUUGGGUUUAGAAAAGAAGUUCCAAGCAAAAAAAAAAAAAAAAAGAAAAAAAAAAAAAGAAACAAACAAACAAA